AUGAACCACGGAAACGGCUACAUCAGUUUACUAUGUCCUGAAAUCCAAAGGAUUAUCCUAGAGCAUUUGGGGCUGUCAGAUCUCAUUACAUUGGCAGAAACUAGGAAUGAAAACAAAGAGGGAAUCAAGGACUAUAUUGCAAAACGGCGCGUCAAGUUGUUCAGGAGCUUCGUCGACGAUGUCGACGGUCUACUUUCCAUGAUGGAAGACACUGGAUCAGUGGUUUCAGGAUCAAGUGCUCUCAGUCUGAUACGCCCCGAGGCUGAAGAAUUGAGAGCAAGAGACAUGGACGUCUACGUCACAGAGGCUUUUGAGGAAGAGGUCCUAAAGCACUUGAAAGAGAAAGAGGGAUAUGCAGGUGCAGGUGACGUAGUGCUGAAGCAGGAAUAUAACGACAGCGCAAUGGCCAAAAUUUUCAAACUCGAGAAAGGAGAGAAAAAAGUGGAUGUCAUUGUCACUCACUGGACUGCGGCAGUCGCGCCCAUACUCCAAUUCCACACCACUUCGGUGAUGAACUAUAUCACAGCAGACUCCCUCGUGUGCCUGUACCCACGGUGGACGACAGAGAAGAAGGGUUUCGUCAAUCCACGUCUAUAUCUGGAAGGAAAGAGUACACUGCACACAGUAGAAGGCCUGAUGAAAUAUGUCGGUCGAGGAUUCAAGAUCAGAGCAGAUCCCUUACAGUUGGGUGAACAUAACUGCGAGGACAACACUGAUAACCAAGGCGGGUAUUGCCCACACAAAUUGAGGAGCACGGUAGACGACGAAGUGAUGCAAUGGAACUACAGCCCAACGAAGACCUUGGGGGAGACAACAAUAGUGUGCCAAACCAUGCCAGUCAUGGUGUGGUGCCUUGGAGGAUAUGAAUGCGCAGUCGGAAACAAAGACGAGACAAUGUCGAUGAUGUUUGUAUGUGCUUGA